AUGCUUCCUCCCCCGCCUCCUUACUCGAGCGCUACAGCCUACUCUUCCCAUGGCCAACCUCCUCCUCCCGCGCACUUCGCAUCGCGUAAUCCGUUCCGCCAUGUCGCCACCAAUACCAAUACCAACGCCAACACCAACUCCAAUCCCACAUCACCGCCAUACUCGCCCUCGACGAGCGAGGGUUAUAGAGGGAAGAGAAGAGUGCCCCCGCUGACGUUCACGAUGUUGCCGUCCCAUCUGUUGUUGGAGAUCGUGUAUCAUACCUUUCCGCAGUCGAGUUGGUUGGACGAGGGGAGGGUCGAGAGACAGCGCAAGACGCUUUAUUGGCUUUCGGUCAGUUUGAGGCUGGUCAAUCGGGCGCUUUAUAUCGCAUGCAUGCACGUCCUCCGCUCAACCUAUCUCCCCGCAUACACUUCCCUCCUCCGACAUCCCUACAGCUCCGACCCCUUCCCCCACUUCGCACCUCCCUACAGCUCCUGCGCCAUCUCCGCCUCCGCCGCCUCCCCAUCGACACCCACGACCUCCCACUCAAAUCCAAAUCCAAAUCCAAGCCCACCCUCCCCAACACCCUCCACAACCUCCCUAUCCUCCACCUCCUCCCAUUCCCAUCCCUCCCGCCAACACUCUCAACACCGACAAUCACAAUCACACACCCAACCACAAUCCGACCGAACCUCCAACUCGAACGGAAUCCACAUCCCCGGCCCGCUCCUACCCUCCUCGCACCGCGAAACCUCGAUCCUCGACCUCUUCAUAGCCCUCAAAGUCCGGGAAGACGUCUGGAGUGACGAUACGGAGCUGCAUCUGGAAAGGGAGGAGAGUUUUCGGGAUCUUUUUGGGUUGAUGCAGCCGCGGGCGAGGUUGGAGGAUCUGGUUAGGGAGGAAGGGGGGCGGAGGGGGGUCAUUUAUGUUAGUGGCUCGAGCGGAGAAGGUGAAGGAGGUGGAGGAGGUGGAGGAGGGAAUGGGAAGGCGGUGGAGUGGGAGAGGGUGAGCGUGGCGUUUAGUUCGAGGAGGGUCGGGUUGGUGAUUAGUCCGGCAGGUGGAGGGGCAGGGAGGAAGAGGACGGUGGUAGAAGUGGCCAGGACGAAGGAUGAGAGGUUGGAGGUGGCGGCGAGGAGGCUGGUUAGGGGGUUGAGGGAUUGGUUGCAGGGGGCCUGA